UGUUCCGUUGCCGGUAUCUCUCCCGGCCGGACGCCGUGGCUGCUCAUUCUACGCUGGGCUGGAGGAUACCGACAUUGACGAUGCUGAAUGCAGAAGGUCUAGAUACUUGUAGAAAUAUGGCUCAGUGGUCCCGUAGCAGCAGCAGCGCAGAGAACAAAAUUCCACACACACGAAUGGACGAUGAAGCUGCUAUCCAGCAAUUCUACACAUUUGGGAAGAAGUUGGGACAAGGCAGUUUUGGGGUCGUGAUUGAAGCCAUCCAUCGGGCCACUGGAAAGAAGUGGGCCAUGAAAAAAGUAAACCGGGAAAAGGCUGGAAGUUCUGCUGUUAAACUGCUGGAAAGAGAGGUUUCUAUCCUAAAACGUGUUAAACACAAUCACAUCAUCCAUCUGGAAGAAGUGUUUGAAACCCCCAAGCGUAUGUAUCUAGUGAUGGAACUCUGUGAAAGCGGUGAGCUGAGAGAAAUGCUACACCGGAAAAAAUUGUUUUCCGAAGUCGAAACCCGACACAUCAUUCACAGCUUGGGAUCAGCCAUAGCGUACCUUCAUAAAAACGACAUUGUUCACAGAGAUCUAAAACUGGAAAACAUUUUAGUGAAAAGCAAAGACAUUGCAGACUCCGAGGAGAUGCUUCUAAACAUAAAGGUGACAGACUUUGGUUUAGCUGUGCAGAAAGGGGGAGUCGGCAGUGAGAACAUGCUACAGGCGACCUGCGGGACCCCGAUUUACAUGGCCCCUGAAAUUAUCAAUGCCCACGAUUACAGCCAGCAAUGUGACAUUUGGAGUGUCGGUGUAAUUAUGUACAUGUUACUCUGCGGGAAUGCACCGUUUAUCGCGAACUCGGAAGUUGAACUUUUUGAACAGAUAAGAAAGGGUGAGCUGGACUUUUCAGAUGACGUUUGGCUUACUGUCAGUAGUGCUGCUAAAGAUGUACUUCAGCGGCUUCUUAAAGUCGAUCCCGCUCACAGGAUUACUGCCAGUGAGUUGCUGGAUGACCCCUGGAUAACGGGUGAAACAAACCCUGUGCAGAGGCCAACCAAUGUGUUGGAAAUGAUGAAGGAGUGGAGAAACGAUAUGGAUGACGACGAACACUUGGACAGUGAGUCGAAUGGCUUAUGUGAGACACAAGACGCAAGCCUUCUUGUCACAGAAGAGCGAGCAAGUCCCAUCAGCAGUAAUGGGUCCUCAGAAACAGACAGCAGCAAGCGAUUAACCCCGACAAAACAGGUAAACCAGAAAAAAACACUUUCAUUCCCCAAUGGCAUGGUUAAAAAGAAAGGGUCGAGCCCGAAGUCACCUGCUGUUCCCUCUGCAGCUGGAAAAACGUCAUCUCCUGCCAACCUUGGACGGACGCAGGAUAACUCUGAGCAGGCUGUGAAUGCCACAAUGACUUGGAAAUCCCCAGCUGCAUCCGGGAAAGGCGAGACCGAUAAACUGAGCAUUCGCAAAAAACAUGGACUAAAAUCCACACAGAGACCUGCGGUUUCUCUCAGGAUAAAGAAGACCUAGAUCCUCACAGACACUCCCACUUUCCCAAACAACGUAGAAAAUAUUCCAGGGACGGAACAUUGUAUAUUAUUAGUUUGCCAAAAAGAACAGACUCAAAACUCGAACGUGCACCCAGAAGACUUGUGUGAUUGUCUCACAUUCCAGAUGAUCAAUACUCCGGUGACUGGAUGUCUAACUCUUCACCCUCUGUACGGGAGCCUUAGGCAGGCUCUAAAGUCUUAAUGGGAGGGGACCGAUGACAUUUAGAUGUGUUUUUAGAUUAUAAUCCGUGACCAAUCAGGCAUAGUUACUGUAACCAUGAUCUAAUCUAUUCCAAAUGCUCAUCAGUUUAUUUAUUUGUUGUUGUUUUAAUGAAAUUGGAGAAAUGCAGCCUGUUUUUCUUGUUGUGUUGGUGAAAGCCAGUAGUUGCAAUUUUAACCCUUCACGUGCCGGCAGCUUCUCAUGCUGGCUCUGAAAGGGGUUAAUGAAAAAAUCUCUCUAAUAAUUCUAACCCAUUUGCUAAUGUGUCAACUGUGAAGAGCUAGUGGCUGAGUUAUGCCAAUUUCUUAGGAUUCUGAUUCUGUACGAGUGAGAGAGCACCUUAUUUUCAUAUUCACAGAUCAUUCUCUGGUUUAUUAUCUUUUUUCCCACAGUCACCGAUUAUGCCAGGAGUAUCGAAGUUUUAUAUCUUCCUUCACUUCAUUCUCAUCAUUCAUCUCUGCCUCAAUGUAAAGUGUUCAUUUAUACACUGGAAUAA